UCAGCGACUUAUAGUGAAACUACGGGACUGCGGCGGGCAUUCUGACACUCGUGGGGAAAUGAUUGUCACUGACAUCUCCAGUGACACUAAUAAAGUGACCAGUGCUAAUAAAAAGCACCAACACUGUACUAAUGACACUGGGCAGGAAGGGGUUAACAUGUGGGGUGAUCAAAGGGUUAACUGUGUGCUGUUUUACAGUGUGAUGUGUGUGUGUGCUUUCCUUUGUCAGAACAUUGCUUGAGCAAUACAAAGCCAUGUGCAGGAGCUGACAAGGGAGAGAUCUACUGUUUGCUUAGAGGUCUCUCCCCCAUCAGUGAUACUUUGAUUACCAGCUGCUGGUGGGGAAUCA